GCGGAAGUUGUUGAACCGCCGAAGUCGACUAUAGACAUAAUAAAGAUUUUUAUUAUGAUCUUUCUCUUUAACUAUUUGAUCUUCAUUAUGUGUAUGGAGUCGACUGGUAGUUGUGGAAAGGUCGUGAGCCGCAUGCAUGACAAUUAUUCAGUAAAUGAAAGAAAAUAUUUGCUUUUUUCCAUCUUGAAAUGUGACGUUUUCCCCUCUAGUUGACUUUAAUUAUUAUUAUUAUUAUUAUUAUUAUUAUUAUUAUUAUUAUUAUUAUUAUUAUUAUUAUUAUUAUUAUUAUCAUCAUUAUUAUUAUUAUUAUUAUUAAAAAUUAAUUCCAAUAUUUAAACAUUUUCUUUGGAGGAAAGUAUGCAUUCUGCCAACAAUAUAACCACACGAUCGCCAAAUCAAUAUAAAGUCAACAAAAAGCAAGGCAACGAGAGUAGAAAUAAUUCUCGAAAAGCAGUUUUGAUGGGAAUAGAUGCAUUAUUUAUUCAAAAACACAAAUUAACAAGUAUUGAGUCACUCAAUGAAUAUUUUUGCAUGUGUUGGCUUUUUCUUUGUCAAAGAAGUAAAUUAUCGCUGAAAUAAAUAUUGAGGUCGGCCGUUUUUCUGUAGCCUCUAAAGUCUGAAACAAAGUUGGAUAAUCAAAAUUUUGGACUUGUUUUGCGUCAUAAAAGAGAUAAAAUAGCGUGUAUGUGAAAAUCUGAGUAAAGUAGGAGAGUGACAGCCCUUUAUAACCAGAUUGUUUCCAUUGAGCCUUUAAAUGUUCAGCUGUUCGGACUUUUAUUGUGAAGGCAGGUAAACAUUGCUACAGGACAAAACAGGCGCCCAACUCCCUCACAGCAGGGGGUCGCAGGAUUUGCAAAGUACAGACGUGACCGUAAACAUUUGUUAGAUUCGCUGAAAAACACUUGACAUUUUUUAAACUGGACGGUAAAUUUUUCAUUUUUGGAGAAACUGCAGUUUUUCAUCGCCAGAAGUGUCAGCUUUGGGCGAGUUUCUUACCUGGAAAUCAAUUCAGUGAACUUUACGAACAACGAUUCAGGUAACAACAACUUUCUCUCAUUAUCUUUACUUUUCACCUACAUCGAGGCUAUGUAGACUUGCUUUUUGCUCUCUUUGCUUUCUUUUUUGUUUGACUAUCAGGCAUUAAUGACUUUGCAACGAGGUUAUCACUAUAUUUGUAAGUGUUGCAGUGAAAAGUUACCUACACAAAAUGUGAGCAUUUCCUGGACAACUUUUCUGAAUAAAUUCCCCACGGAGAGACUUGUGGAAGUUUACAAAAUUAAUGCAACUCAUUAUUUUUCCUUUUAAAAAGUUGUAAAUAAAUAUACAGUAGCCUACGUAGUCGCUAUUUACACUCAGACAUUGAUAAACUAUUGUUCGUCGAGGAAACUCUGGCAUGCCUUUGUUUCCGGUUGUGUGAAGCGGGUAUCCUGCAGCUGGUUUAAAAAAACACAGCAAGGACUAGAAAAUGCUUAAAAUGUCCUCGAUCAUAACCAGCAGAAUGGAUCCUGGGGACAUUCCAGAGGAGGACAUGACCAUGCCAGAGCAGAGUAUCGUAUACCAGAGGAGUCUGGUGAGUCUUCGCUUGUUUGCCACCAAGUUUGUCAAGAUGGUACAAGAAGCUCAGGGCGGUGUGCUGGAUCUCAGAAAAGUAAGUGAUUUCAGACUACUCCGACAUGGCAGGACUGCAGUCUACUUAAUGAGUGUUUUACAGUCAUGUGUCAUGAAAAAAAACUCAUAUAACUUGGUCGAACUCGCAAAACAGAAAAUUUAACUUGAAAUUCUGCAUGACAUUUCUUCUGCCAUUGCCUACAUUAUGCUUCAAGAAAUAGGGUAUAGGGGAGAGUGUGGUGAGGUAAGCCAAAGGGUAAGUUGAGCCACCUCCUUUUGCUUGGAAAUGGUAAAAUAAAUUGAUCAUGUGACCAAAUAUUUAGGAGAUGGGCAUCAAUUCAUGGAGUCUGUGAAGGUUAGAAGCACAUGGGUGAAUGGGGUUAGACAUUUAUUUCCAAAAAACAUUUUUCACUCUUGAAAGUGAAUUUAUUCUGUCAUAAGUUUUAUUAGGAUUGUGUUCAGACCAAAAAAUAUGAUUUUAAAUUUGUUUUAUACAUCAACUGUGGUAUCUAUGAGCUACAACAUGAGGUGCAUAAAAGUCCACCAUUUUAGCUCAGAGGACUAAUAAAGUCAAAAUAGUAGUUCUGGGGUAAGUUGAUCCAGUGGCUCAACUGAGAAAGUAAAGGAGUCUGAUGAGAGGAUCAGAGUUUCAGUUCAGAUUGUUGAAAUGUGUUACUUUUUCUUUUCAAAAAUACAGCUGUGAAUAUUCUGAAUCACUUAAAGACAUUCUCAUGUUAAAAUGUUUUUUUUUUUUUUUACAAAACAGCUUUUCAGCAGUUAUAUGUGAUAAUAGUAAAAACCAUGUACCAUUUGAAUAGUGUAUAAUAGAUAAAAUUACACAUGAAUGUGAAGAAGUGACUGUUAUAUAGGGAGAGAGAAGGUGAGGGAGGGCUGGGGUGGAGAGUGGGGGGAAGUCGGGACUUUUUUACUGGCAUGCUAUAUUAUCAAGACAGUUAUGUUUACACUCAUUCUGUUGGUUUGCAGGGAUGCACAACAUCUUAAAAUAUAUACAGAUACACUAGUUAGAGACAAAACUAUGAUUGCUUUGAUGUAGUGAUCCGAAAUAUGAAAAAUGGCACAUCUCACCCCACUCUCCCCUACCCUGAAUUUGUGAAUGCUUGCCAUGACUGUGUGACUGGUAAGAUAAUGGCGCUCAUUGAAAAGUUGAAAAGAUAAUGUGCAUAAAACAUUAUCGAGAGUGUGUUGGAUGCCCGAGUCAAAGUUUGGACUCUCAAUAUCCAGUGUGAGUGUGACCUGAAUGUUUAAAUGCACUAGCCAACUGUAACCUGUUAAUCCCAAAGCAGUAGAUUGAUAAUGAGUAUGUAAGUGUGUGUUUUCUUUUUAAAUGUCUCAGGCUUCUGUUCUACUGGGUGUGAAAAAGAAAAGGCGAAUCUAUGACAUUACCAGCGUGCUGGAGGGUGUUGGUCUGAUUGAGAAACUACCUCAUGGCAAAGUGAGGUGGAAGUAAGUUGUCAGCUCAGUCUUGUGUGCUUUCAGCUGAGUGUGCAUGAGAGUCAAGAGUGUGGUUAACUGGAAAGUAUUUUGACAAUCAAUCUUUUUCCAAAUCAGGGGGACAUUUCCAGUAGAAAACUCACGAGAGUUAAGCAUCAGACUAAUGGAGUUAAGGUCUGAGCUGGAUGACUUGGAGCUGAAGGAGCACACAUUGGACCAGCAGAAGUUUUGGGUGGAGCAGAGCAUAAGGAACACAGCUGAAGACUUGAGCCAAUAUCCUUUUUCAAAUCCUGGAAAAAAGUGCAGAAUUGUUGCCGGGCUGGACAAUGUACUGUAUACACUAUACCAUAUGGACGGGCCUGAAAAAAAAAGCAUUUUUCAUUAUAUUUGGCAGUUAAAGGUCCCAUAAAUGUAAAGCAGUUAUUGAGAUGACUGCCAUACAGUCUUGCUACCUUCAUAACUCUGGGGAUUUCUCUUUUAAAACGAUACAGUGUUUUAAUUAUACCUUAACUCAAAUUAACUCUAACCUAUGUCAAUCAUGAGGAUAUCUGCAACUGCUUCAAUGGUAAUUUAAAUUUUUCUUACUUUGUGACUGGUUACUCUUGUGUUAAGCAUAAUUUUGAUUUGGAUGAAAAGUUUAAGUGGAAGGGAAGCCAAAUUCAUACAAGUGAAAUACACAUCAAAAACCUGUUUUUGAUGAUUCUUCAGCAUGCCUUCCUUCCUACUGUUCUUGAGCUGGUAACUCACAGAUCCAAAGGUUUAAAUUAUGAUCUUUCAGAAGUUGUAAAUGUAAAUUUACAUGAUGAUAUGUUGUACACCAGAAACAUAUAAUGGCCAUACAUGUCAUUGGUUUUCCUUGAUGUGUUUCCACUAGCCUCAAAAGAUCCAGUAUUGCUGAUGUGUUAAAACUCUUACUUAGGACCAGGAGGGAUGUAAAUUGUUAAAAAAAAACAAAGUAGAUUGCAGUUUCUUAUUAGCCAAUACUGUAACAAGUAAAACUGCUACAGUUUGUCCAGAACCUUUAAAGGGAUACUUCAGUAUUUUUCAGGGUGGGGUUGUAUGAGGUGUAUGUUAGUAAGUGUGUUUACUGCAUGGGAAUGAAAGUCAGAUUGAGAAAGUAGCAUGAGAACCAGACCAGAAGCUAAGCGAACAGGUAAUUUAAUCAAAGUACCAUCCUUAGUAUAUAUCUGCACUACUGUUUCUUCAAUACUCAGGAGUUUAUUAUGAUGAUCUAGAAAGCAAACAGUGAAACAGCUUUCUUAAUAAAUGGCAUCCUCUGUGGGUGCCAUUUAUCAGACACCUCAUCAUACAACCCUGCUUCUUUUUUAGCUGUACCAAUAAACCAAAACUGCCAUGUGAUGAAGGGCUUUUACUGUUUUUCUCUUACAGGUCAGACUCUUCUGGCAGUCGAACCACCACAGGGCACACAGCUUGACAUUCCUAUUCCAAAAGCUGUAAGUAUCCUUUCAAAAAAUACUUCAGCUUUUGUUGAAAUCUCCACUUCAGAUGAAGAGUAUACACCCUUUUUCAGGUACUUAACGGCCCAGUAAGAUACCAGAUUCAUCUGAAAAGCAUCAAUGGACCAAUCGAUGUGGUAAUUCUGAACAAGAGCUCUGCGAGCUCAGUACCUCUGGUGCUGCCAGUCCCACCGCCAGAGGAAAUCUUGCAGCGAGCCAAAUCCUUGAUGUCAGAUGAGCCAGACAGCAACAAUUUAAUUUGCCAGGCUUCCGAUAAUGCGCAACAUAAAGCCAAACCCAGAUGGCCGGCAAAGGAAGACUUUAGGCUCCUUUUAUUAUCAUCACUUUUGAAAGAUGAACCUGAAUCUGGAAGUGAGUAUUACUUUGUACAAUUUUUUGUUUAUUUUUUAACGGUGUACAAUUCAAACAAAAAAAAAACCCCAGACAUCUCUGAACUGGAGACAUAACUGCCUAAAUCAACAGGUUAAAUGUGGCGCAAGUUCAUUUUAGUUUUUAAAAUUAGUCAAGUUGUAAUAAUCAAGUGUUAUUUAAAAACUUAGUUUUAACACUAAGUUUACUAGCUUUUUGAAAUCAACCAGUCUUAACCCGAAUCUAGACAAAGAUAAUCUAGGUACUAAUUUUUCGUCUUUGAAAGGUAAAAGCCUUUUUUUCAGCUUUAUUUCGUGCUGUUCACACAAUAAUGUAUCAAGGGUCUCUUUUUUUAAUAGUAUUUAAUUCCCUCAUACUAUUUUUUUUCCAGCACAAUUUUUAUCAAAAGAGCUGGGAAAACUGCUCCAUCUGAAAAAAGGUAGGUCUCCUGUUACAUUGUUUGUCUCAAAAUAAUUGAUGUCCUUUAAUUCUUUAUUUAUUUAAAGUAUGUCCUCUCCUUUAGAAAAACUGACAGAAAAGGUUUUUACUGAGCUAACAACUUCUUAAGGUAAGCACGCAUCAUUCUCUGACUUUAUACAUAUAUUAACUAUAUUUGUCAUGUCCAGGUAACUGGGGAACAGCUAUUAACUGUGUGUUUACUUUGCUGAUUUUAGCUCCUCCCACUCACCUGUCUCCACCCACACCUGGACGGGACUACCAAAGCUGCUCUGACCUUUUUGACAUCCCGAUGCUUAACGUGUGAACAUGAACUCUAGGACUUACAAAGUAAACAUUCUUACCCAGGAAAUGUACAUAGUAGUCUGUUUUUAAAUAGUUAUUUGAUCAUAACAAAUAAAAAUCAAAUGAUUUUGAA